ACCCAAAGCACGCUCAUCAGAGCAGAACCAGAGUCCUGACUCACCCACAGAUCUUUAUAAACAGCCCAAGUCAUUAACAGAGGGAAUUUCAAACCAUUUAUGCUAAGUUAACAAGAUGCCUCCGACGAACCCGCAUCCAGAUCACAGAGGGGGCUGUGCAAAAACCGAGGAGGAGGAAGCCGCGAGCUCGGACUCGGAGCCGGGCGCGUGUCACGGCGCAGGGGUUUGCAAAUGGUUUAACGUGCGAAUGGGUUUCGGUUUCCUGUCCAUGACCCAUCGGGAGGGCAUCUCUCUGGACUCUCCUGUGGAUGUGUUCGUUCACCAGAGCAAGCUUCAUAUGGAGGGCUUUCGCAGUCUGAAGGAAGGUGAAGCGGUGGAGUUCACAUUCAAAAGGUCUUCCAAGGGUCUGGAGUCUCUACGGGUAACGGGGCCAGGUGGCGCAGCAUGCAUAGGCAGCGAGAAGAAACCCAAAGGUGCCCAAAAGCGACGUUCAAAAGGAGACCGAUGCUUCAACUGUGGGGGGCCCAACCAUCAUGCCAAAGAAUGCCAGCUGCCGCCUCAGCCAAAAAAGUGCCAUUUUUGCCAAAGCAUCUCCCACAUGGUGGCCAACUGUCCAAUCAAAGCACAGCAGUUGUCACCAGUUUCUCAGGGAAAAUCGACCACCUCGACAGCAGGAGAAGAGGAGGACAUGAGCCACGCCUCCUUGCCUCCAGAGAGCGCAGAUUAGAUAAGGGGUGGGGGAUCAUUAAGAGCCAAUCAAGAACCUCUUAUUGGGGUGCUGCUUUAGAAAAUAACUCAGGUUUUGAAACAGCAGAAAUGAAUGUCGCCAGUAAGACAGCUCUGAUGAGUAUCAUAUAUUUUAUCAUAUCCUAUUCUAAUUUGUAUUAUUAUUAUUAUUUGUGACCAUCACUGUAAAACUCUUUGUAUUUCAAAUUGAAGCCACACA